AUGCCCUCGAACGAAAAGACCUCCCAAAACACCAACUCGGCACUAGAAAAAGCCAAGUCUCUGUUUUUUCUAAUCCCGAUCCUGCCACCGAACGCGUUCAAGAAGCUCGAAAAAAAGAUGGACCUCGAGGACAAGUUUCUGCGGAAAAACUUCAAGAUGCUCUCCUAUGAGCUGGAAUUGGGCAACUCGCAGCCUUGUACCGUCAGCACUUUGAUUCGCAUCUACUCACCAACAAAGCCGGCUUAUGCCGAUGUUCACUUUGAGUCGUCUUCAUGUGACUGGCGAUACCAGCUCGGGUUCAAGCUCAAGAUCCAUGCGCGCUAG